AGGCCGCAUUAAUGCAAAACCAAACCAACGCAGGGAAAUUUUAUGUUUUUAUGACUGUGAUUCAUUCAUGUUUUCAAGACUGUGCAUGGGUCGACAUGCCGUGCUGAUAGUGAGAAGCAGUGGUGGAAACGGCAUAUAUUUACAUAUUUCCAGUUUAUGGUAGUUUAUAUCACUACAUUACAGAGGAAAAUACUCUAGUCUUUACUCCUCUACAUUAAUCUGACCACCACCACUGGCACCACCACUACUACUACUAAAGGCUCUGCACACAGGUGUUUUCAGUUAUGUGGCUGAUUAGCCCAGCUCAGGUUGGACUUGUGCAAAGCUCUGCUGGGAUCUACAUGAGGUCAGGGAGCUUUCAGGAUCUUGGGGACUUUUAUUUAAUUCUCUGAAAGAAAGCAUUCUGCAUAAUAAGUACUUUGGGUACUUCAGGUAGAAUUUUGAAUGUAGGGAUUUUACUUGUAAGUGAGUAUUUCUACACUGUGGUGUUGCUACUUUACAAUCUGAAUACUUUAAACAUGGAUGUAUUGCACUGGGUAUCAGACAAUACCAGCACGCCCUCUCGCGACAAUCUGCGAGAACUGACAAAUGAGACGUCAGUUGGUACCAUCAGUUACCCUAGAAACCACUAUACAAACUAUAACUAAAUCCUUCAAGUGGCGUUGCUUAUGACCUUAUUAGUGCACAAAUAGUCGUCAGUAUUAUAUCCAGGAUGGCUCAUGGGAGAACUUAUCGCACAAAUGUGAAAAUUGGGAACUGGAAUGAGGACCUGUGCCUGGAGGAGGAUGCAAAGAAAGAGUAUCUGGAGAAAAAGGAAAGGGGUGAGCUUGCUGCCCAGAAGGCAGACUUCCUCAAACAAAACAUUUUGAGGCCGGUGAAUCUCUCUGUGACAAAUGAUGGACGACUGCACUUUGGGGAUGUUGUAAUGUUGGUGAACCUGGGAGGAGAAAACAGGGAGCGAAGCGCGGUGAGCAUCAACGCAGAUAUGAACAGUUUGAUAAAGAUUCCUUCACCUGGCAUUCAGGCCCCGUGUGGAGUGAGCGCAGGAAGAGGUAUGCAGCCAUGCGCACGCACUGCCUUCAUCAUCACCAGUGUAGAUGGCAGCCCUGAAGGAUCGACUCUGCUUUUCGAGCAAAGUUUUGCCCUGAAAACAACGAGCGGCUUUGCCAGGGGACUUUACUUGACGAGUGACCUAAAAAGUUUUCAAAAGUGUGCAAAGAAGUCCCGCCUGCAAGAGGUAAACCUGGAGGAUGAUGGCUCUUUUCUGUCGUGGUGGAAGAUAGUGCACUUUGACCCACAGGAGAGGCUCGAAUAUGAGGGUCAGCCUGUCCCUGCUAAUGUGGAGGUGCUGAUUAUACACUGCAAGACAAACCAGGCUCUUGCUGUUCUGGGUGAUCAAAUUCUUUGGACCACAUAUGGCAAAGAGUACGAGGUGACAGCUCACACCUUCUUGGACUCCCACAAAGCUGAACAGGACAACAACCACUGGAUACUGUGCACCUCUGACCCCGCAGGAGACGGGCUCGUACUUCUCAAGCACCCAGAGAACAGCAAGGUGCUAACACAGGCAAACCCAGACUCAGUCUAACACAAUCCACUCUUGUGCUGUAACGUACAAAUAGAGCAGACAGACACCACAUCAUUACAAACAUCUAAGCCUUUUAAAAUAAAGGUUGUAUUUUUC